CCUGCUGGUGCUGCCCAUCACCUCCACCUUCGGCCCAGAGGAGUGGAGGACCAUGCAGGCCCAGCUCAGCCUGCUCCAAACCCCCAUCUGGCAGCGAGCCAUGGUCCUGUUCACUCAUGGAGACAAGAGGCCUGUCCAUCCAGGAGCACAUACGACAGCAGGGUCCGACUCUUCACUGGCUGCUGGAGCGAUGUGGGAACAGGUACCAGGUGAUGACCAACCAGUCUGGGGCGUCGGAGGCUCAGCUCACUGAGCUCUUUGAGAAGAUCCAGAGGAUGAUUCAGACUAACAAGCGUCCGAGGGAGAUCCAGGACAGGAUGUACACGGUGCUGAGACGAGAUGUGAGCGUGAAGGAGGACAGGAGGGCGCAGGGAGGACAGGAGGAGAUAGAAAUGACAGUGAUGCAUGACGUGCAUGACGGGAGGCCGGGGCAAAGGAAGCAGACGACCUCAGGAGAGGCGUGGGUACCCAGAGUGUUCGAAGCGGAGCCUGCUGGUCUGAAGCCUGCUCUUUGCCUCGUCCUGCUGGGGAGGAGGAAGUCAGCGAAAAGCUCCGCAGGGAACAUAAUCCUGGACAGUGAAGUGUUUCAGACGGACAUGAAGACCACCACGUGCUCUGCAGGCCAUCGGAAAGUGUCAGGGUGGCCCGUCACAAUGGUGGACACGCCCGGGUGGAGUCUGUUUGGUCUGGCCAAUCCCAAGCAGGUCAGGAUGGAGAUCAGUUGGAGCACUUCCCUCUGCCCUGCGAGGAGCAAAGUGUCCUUCGUGCUGGCUGUGCCUGUGGACUCGUUCAGAGAGAAAGACAGGAGAGCUGUGGAGACGUACCUCAGUGUUUUGGGGAGCAAUGUAUGGAGGAGCACUGUGGUGUUGUUCACGUAUGGAGAGCAGCUGCGAGGACGGACGGUGGAGAAUCACAUUGAGAGGAGCGGAGAGCCUCUGAAGUGGGUGCUGGACAGAUGUGGACGCCGCUAUCAAGUGUUGGAUACAAAUACAAGAGACAAGACUCAAGUGAAUCAGCUGCUGCAGAUGAUAGAGAGGCUCUAGGGAGGAUAUAAAUGUGACCUGCAGUGGUCAUGGGUUAUUUAUAACAAAUAUAGUUUUAAUCUAAACCUACAACAGUAUGUUUUAUGCCUCAGCAAUUAUGAAGUAAAAGAGAGGAAGCCAGUCUGCUGUCAUUGACUUGUUCAGUUUAGUUUUCUACAGCACAAUAAUGUUUUAUGACAAGUUUUCCACUACCACGACAUAUGUCCAAUUCUACCUUUAUGAUACAUUCCC